AUGGUGCUCAACCGCCAGAUGAUCAAAAUCCUCGAAGACAUGGGCGUCCGAGACGAGUGGUUCUUCAGCCAGCAGAAGCGAGAGCUUGAACGACGCCACGCCGUCACGGCUGGUGCGUGGAACACCGGGGCCUUCUGCAGCUCCAAGGCAUCGGCUCGGCAUCUUACCUCUCGACAUUCAUCAAGACGCUCGACAAUGCUCAAAGAGCUCCGCCUGCUGAAAUUCAAGGCGAGGAUCCCCAUGCCUCAAGGCGUGACUUUAUUCGGAAUCAUGGAUGAGUCUGGGUUUCUUUCCGAAGGCGAAGUUUCCGUGUGCUACGACUCGUGCUACAACGGCUCUCUGCCGAUCGACAGCACUCUCAACGAUGGAAAUAUUCCUGUCAUCCGGUCCCCUGCUCUCUACCCAGGCGACAUUCAAUGA